GGACAGUAUACCAGGUAUCAACAGGUCCAACCUGUGGCAACAGUGCUAUUAUGCAGUACGCAGGAAGGGCAUGCAAGCAUACGGACUACGGAGCGUGCGGAGAGAAAAUAAUCUUUCCGGAUAAAUGAGAAUCUGAAGCACAUUGUGAGAAGCGACUCUUGGUCGUGAUGUCUCAGCUUGGCAGGAGAGGCUUGAUGACCCUUGCUAUCUACUAAACGAAAAAAGACAUGUUCCGUGGAGUGAAGGGCACACUGCGGCUUGGAUACGUCGCUCGAUACCACACUCCCCGCACCAUAUAUUAACAAAAACUGCAGAGAGGCAGCCGGUGCAACAUACGAGGCCAGCUAUUCGAAGGGGCUCACGAUGGGUCUCGGGUCUGGCGUGACUAUGGCUGCUUAUGCGGGCUACCAACUUCCUGUUGCAAUACAGAACGAAGUCUAUAGUGGUCUAUGGUCUGAUGGUUGGGCCAUAUCGUAGACCAAGGACGAAGAAAUUCCAGUUCCAACAGUUAUAUAAACCCUUCACUUCUCCUGUUGCUUUCUCCAUAUCGUUCUCCAUCCUCAUCAAUCGUUAGUCUUUCACACAACUUCAGGAAUUCUCUAGAACGCGUACUUCAAGUCCUCCAAGAUGCAGUUCUCCUCAAUUUUCACCAUUACGGUUGCCGCCAUGCUGUCGGCUCCUGCUCUGGCUUGCAAGUGCUAUGUGAAUGGCAACCAGGAUGCCGGUAAAACCAGAUCAUGCUGCAACUCGCUCAACGGUGUUUUCCGGGGCGGCAAUGACUGCCUUGUUAGCUCUAUCUCGGAACGCCUUUCGAAUUUCCGACGAUGCUGUGGUGGUCAAUCAGAUUGUGACUACCCCCACCUUGCUCAAACUGCAGAUGGGCUGGAAGUGCAGGAGGUGGACCACAUCAAGACCAUCGUUGUUCCUGCUGCUCCUACCCCAGCUGUCGAGCAAUAGCUCAACUUCGAUUAAGCCAGCCCUUCAUCUCUAAGACGUUACCCACGUUCACCAAUUAUCCUCGAUCAACCUCUGAACGAAGGCGUUUUACGAAGUCCGAAUGCUUCCUCGUACAUCCGUGGCUAUGAAACGAGGGCUUAUUGUAUUUCCUGUGGAACACUUGAACAUUACGUCGAAAACCCAGAAAAGAAAAAGAACAACGAAAAAGCGCCGGGGGGAUGGGGGGUUGAGAAUGAUGUCAAUGUCCCAGUGCAAUUGCUGUUGCUGUUGCCCUAGGCUUGGAUGGUAUUGGCAACAUGCCCUAUCUAUGCGGGGCUUUUCUGUCACAUAUGCAAAUUCCGAACUUAGUCAUUCCUUUGGAGAGAGUAGUGCAUGAAUGAAGUAGUAGUAGGAUCACAGCUACUUUAGUCACUCCAUGAUGUAGCUUCAUCACAUCCUUCGUUGGCUUAGAGAAUAUUCGACAUAACUUUUUCCUCCCUCAUCAGCUCAUUCGUUCUGCCCGGCCCUUCGUCGAUGCUGUGUCCAACAACCCCAACCUGUAUGCCCUGCUUCUGAGUGUCGAGGUAGUUCUCCAUCUGCAGUUGAAGAAGCUGGCGAUAAACCCGGUCUUGAAUCCACUCACUGCUCUGCUGGAAUGCAAAAUAGGCAUGUUAUAUUCUUCACAGCAGCCAUGCACCAAAGGCUGAUUGAGAUUAUGCUGGAGGAGAUAGGGCGCUGGAGUCGAGCUCGA